AUGAUUGAAGGAACACUGAUCAAAAAUCUGUGUGAGCUCUUGCAAAACACCAAGCUGGCCGAACAGGCUGCAUGAUAUGAUGGUAUGGCAGCCUGCAGGAAGUCUGAAACUGAGCAAGGAAUAGAAUUAUCCAAAGAAGAGAAGAAUCUCUCAGUUGUAUAUACAAAUGUUGUAGGAGCCCAUAGGUAAUCUUGGAGGGUCAUCUCAAGUAUUGAGCAAAAGAGGGAAGAUGUUGAGAGGGGAGAAAAACCAACACAGAAAAUGGCUCAAGAAUAGAGAGAAGAAACUGAGUCAGAGCAAAGAGAUAUCUGCAAUGAUGUACUACUGUCUCUUCUGGGAAAAUUCUUGAUCCUCAAUACUACAGGCAGAGAGAGCAAAGUCUUCUACUUGAAAAUAAAAGGCAACUACUACUGCUAUUGGGCUGAGGCUGCUGUGGGUGAUGACAAGAAAGGGAUUGUGGAACAGUCACAACAAACAUACCAAGAAGCUUCUGAAAUCAGCAAAAGGGAAAUGCAACCAGCACAUCCUAUCAGAUUAGGUCUGACCCUUAACUUCUUGGUGUUGUAUUAUGAGAUUCAUUUCCCAGAGAAAGCCUACUCUUUCAUAAAGACAGCUUUUGAUGAUGUCAUUGCUGAACAUGAUACAUUAAGCAAGAAGAAGUCAUUCAAAAAUAGCACACAAAGAAUGCUGUUGGUACUGAGACACAACUUGACAUUGUGAACAUCAGAUACCCAAAGAGACAAAGCUGAAGGAGGGGAAAAUUAA